AUGGUGUUCCCCAUGGUUCUUCCAUUGUGUCCUACCUCAAAGGCUAACGGCACCGGUGGAAUUGCAGUUGUCGAAGUGAUUCUUAAGGCCAUGAAGACUUUAACCUACAAGUCCCUGUGCUUCCCUGAGUCCGUGAAAGCUCGAGGAGCGGACAACAAGGACGACCUGCCCGACUACUACUACAGAGAUGAUGGCAUGAUGGUCUGGGAGGCAGUGAAAAGUUUCGUUUCUGAUGUGGUCAGGAUCUACUAUGGCAGUGAUGAGUCCGUUCAGGAGGACGAGGAGAUCCAGGCAUUUGUUCAAGAUGUCUGCUCCUCCGGUAUGAAGUACUGUCCCCAGAAUUGUGAGUUUCCAGAUUCCCUGAAAACUCGGGAGCAGUUGGUCGAGUACCUGACUGUUGUGAUUUUCACAGCUUCAGCACACCAUGCUGCUGUCAACUUCGGACAGUACGACUGGUUUGCCUGGGUCCCAAACAGCCCUUCCACCAUGAGGAAGCCUCCUCCCACACAGAAGGGCCAGGUGGAUAUGAAGUAUAUCAUGGAGAGUCUGCCGGACCGUGGACGUGCCAGUUGGCAUCUAGGAGCAGUUUGGGCCCUAAGUCAGUUCCAGGACGAAGAGCUGUUUUUAGGUGUGUAUCCAGAUAACUACUUCACUGACCAACCAGCCUUGGAAGCCACUAAGACUUUCCGCGAGAAAUUAGUUGAAGUGACCAACAUCAUCAAGAGCCGAAAUGAAAAACUGAAAUUGCCCUAUUGGUAUCUGUCUCCAGACAGAAUCCCCAACAGCGUGGCAAUCUGAGAGAACAUCCGUGGGAAAUAUAUAUAUAUAUAUAUAUACUUUUUAACUGGGCUAUUUGGAUCCACAUCACAACAUAACUCCAUAAACAAAAUCAUUGCUACAGUAACUGUAAGGAUUUUAGUGAAAAUGGUCAUCUGGAUGGAAAUAAUACAAAGUAUUAUACACUUACACCAAGAAUUGGAUGUCUAUACAAAAUAAAAACAAAUAAAUAUGCAAUCACCAUUCACGGUAAUUGAAAUGUGAUGCAUUUAGGGAUUCUCAUCGGCGACGUGUG